AUGGUGACGGCCUGCGACCUCCCGAGCUGCAACCCCGGGUGUAAGCCGGUGGACUGUGAGUUCUCCGCCUGGAGCCAGUGGUCUGCGCCCUCCUGCGACCAGCUCUGCCAGCGCCACCGCGUCAUCGAGCGCAUCGGCUCCUGCGGCGGGGACUUCUGCGAUGGGCCCUUCGUGGAGACCAAGCGCUGCCCCCGCGACUGUGAGCAGCCGGACGACUGCGUGCUGGGAGACUGGUCGGAGUGGAGCGGCUCGUGCCACGCGGCGGAGGAGCAGCGGUCUCGCACCAGGGUCGUGGAGCGGAACGCCUCGCACGGCGGGAAGGCUUGCCGGGGCUCCCUGCUGGACACCAGGUCGUGCAGGACGACGUGCACGCCCCGCGACUGCGAGGUGGCGGCGUGGUCUGCGUGGGGCGCGUGCUCCCGCAGCUGCGGCGGCGGAGUCCGCCUCCGCUCGCGCCACAUCUCCGCGGAGGCGGCGUGCGGGGGGUCGCCGUGCGACAGCAGCCUGGAGCAGCAGGGCGCCUGCGGCCUGGAGGCGUGCGACCCAGGUGCCGAUCAGGACUGCACCCUGAGCGACUGGACCGACUGGGACAAGUGCGACGGCGAGGGCCAGCAGACCAGGGAGCGCGAGGUGCUCGGCGAGGCCUCUGGACGCGGCGAGGCCUGCGAGGGCACGACCAGGCAGACGCGACUCUGCGGGAGCGACGUGGACUGCGAGGUGUCCGACUGGACGGCCUGGGACGAGUGCGACUCGUUCCACGGCCAGGGCCAGCAGCAGCGGCAGCGCCAGGUGGUCCGCACACCGACGGGCCGCGGCAGGGGCUGCCCCCCGGCGCUGGCGGAGACGAGGGGGUGCACCGGCGCCGGUGGGCCCGAGGGCGACGGGCACGAUUGCGAGGUCAGCGACUGGGGCGACUGGGCCGCCUGCAGCGCCAGCUGCGGCCAGGGCUCGCGGUCGCGCGGCAGGCUCAUUACGAAGCUCGCCUCCGACGGGGGCGCGGGCUGCAACCUCGCCCUGUCGCAGAUGGCGCCGUGCUCUGGGCUUGACUGCGGCAACGCCACCGGGCUGAACAUCUUGAAGGUCAGCGGCACUUGGGGCGGACGCCAGCGCGUGUGGUCCGCCGGCGCGCCGCGGAAGGGCAGCGGCACAGUGGACGAGCAGAAGAGGGCGUCCGCGCACGGGGCACGGUCGAGAACAGUUGUGCGGUGGACUGUGGCGCGCAGCUUCCGGCGGCGCUGCGCAGACCCGCCGUCGGGCACGCCGGUGGUGCGCGCUCUCGCCGGCGAGCGGGGUCGGCCCUCGGCGGCCAUGUCCCGCGCCUUCAAGAUGCUGGUGAACGGCCGGCUCGUGGCCGGAGACGGCACCUUCCGGGUGGUCAACCCGUCCACCGGCAGGCCGUUCGCCGAGGCGCCCGCGUGCUCCCAGGCCCAGCUCGAGGCCGCCGUCGCCGCCGCCCGGGCGGCCUUCCCCGCGUGGUCCGCGACGGCCCCGGCCAAGCGCCAGGAGACGCUCCUGGCCGCGGGGCGGGCCGUGGAGAGGCUGGCCGAGCCGCUGGCGGAGGUCCUGGUGAGGGAGCAGGGGAAGCCGCUGGCGGCCGCCAGGGGCGAGAUCCGGGCGGUGGUUGGCUGCCUGGGCGUCCUGGGCAGGGCCGAGUACGACUUCGAGAGGGUCCUGAAGGACAGCGAUCGCGAGCGGAUCCUGCAGAGGCGGGUGGCCCUGGGGGUGGUUGGCGGCAUCACGCCCUGGAACUUUCCGCCGCUGAUGGCGGCCCAGAAGAUGGCGGAGGCCCUGGUCACUGGCAACACCCUGGUGCUGAAGCCGUCGCCGUACACGCCGCUGAGCACGCUGAUGCUCGGCGAGGCCGUGGCCGACUGUUUCCCGGCCGGCGUGUGCAACAUCGUGAGCGGCGGAGACGAGGUGGGUCGCUGGCUGACGGAGCACCCUGACGUUGCUAAGAUAUCUUUCACGGGUUCCACCAGGACUGGCAAGGCCAUUCAGGCCUCGUCCAGCGGCACCCUGAAGCGGCUCACGCUGGAGCUGGGCGGCAACGACGCGGCCGUCGUGUUGCCUGAUGCAGAUCCCAAGGCCGUGGCCAGGGGCGUCUUUGCGCAGGCCAUGGGGAAUUCGGGCCAGGUCUGUAUCGCUAUCAAGCGCUGCUAUGUGCACGAGAGCAUAUUCGACUCGUUCGUGGACGAGCUUACAAAUCUGGCCCAGGGAGCCAAAGUUGGCGAUGGGUUCGAAGACGGCGUGAAAUACGGCCCCAUAAACAACGAGAUGCAGUUCGAGCGCGUGAAAGGCCUCGUGGAGGAUGCGAAGAGGUGCGGCGCGAAGGUGCACGCAGGGGGCGAGGCGCUACCCAGGGAGGGGUAUUUCUUCCCGCCGACGAUCAUCACAGGCGUGGCGGAAGGGACACGCAUAGUUGACGAGGAGCAGUUCGGCCCAGUGCUGCCCGUCAUGCCCUACAGCGACGUCGACGACGCCGUCAGGCGCGCAAACGCAACCUCCUUCGGGCUCGGAGGCAGCGUCUGGGGAACCGACGUGGAGAGGGCGGCGGAGGUAGCCGGCCGAAUCGAGUCUGGCACUGUGUGGGUCAACUCGCACGGGAUAAUGACGUUCGACGUCCCGUUCGGGGGCGUGAAGCAGAGCGGCAUUGGACGGGAGUUGGGCGUAGGCACGAUCGAGGGCCACACCGAGAUCAAGAUCGUCAGAAUUCCGAAGCCAAGAGCGGCGCCCAAGGCGAAGCUGUGA